CUCGGAGAAUCCUUUAUUAAGGGAGGCUUUUACUCGAUGAUGCAUCAGUGUUGUUUCUGCCAAUAGUGUUACGCAGAAAAUUCGGGAGAAAGGAACUUCUUUUUCUGAACUUUGUUUGUUAAGAUUCCUAUUUCAAACAAGAGUUAGAAGCUUGUUUGAAAAUGUACCGUGCCGCUUUGUGCCUUUGUGCUUUCAUAGCACUAGCCAAUGCUGAUUUGCAGAGAAUUACUCUGCAUAAGAUGGACACUGUUAGGAAACAAUUCAAAGAAUAUAACACUGAAGUAUACCAAGCACACAUGGUACAAGGAAAUUUCCCUCAGCCAGAACCUCUUUCCAAUUAUCUGGAUGCUCAAUAUUAUGGUGUCAUUAGCAUUGGAACUCCCUCACAAGAUUUCAAAGUAAUCUUUGAUACUGGUUCCUCAAACCUCUGGGUUCCUUCUCAGAAGUGUCAUCUUACCAAUAUCGCUUGCAAGUUGCAUCAUAAGUAUGAUAAUACCAAAUCAUCCACGUACAAGAAGAAUGGCACUGAUUUUGCCAUCCGUUAUGGCUCUGGAAGUCUCUCUGGGUAUCUGUCUACUGAUGUUGUAAAAAUUGCUGGACUGAAAGUCUCCGAUCAGACUUUCGCCGAAGCUUUGAGCGAACCGGGAAUGGCUUUCGUCGCCGCUAAGUUCGACGGUAUCUUGGGUAUGGCCUACUCUAAAAUUGCUGUCGAUGGCGUAACACCUGUCUUCUAUAACAUGGUCAAACAAGGAUUGGUACCUCAGCCCGUUUUCAGUUUCUACCUGAACAGAAACCCUAACGACAAAGCUGGUGGAGAAUUGAUCUUGGGAGGUUCGGAUCCAAAUCAUUAUGAAGGUCCAUUCACCUAUGUUCCAGUCGACAGGAAAGGAUACUGGCAAUUUAGGAUGGACGGAAUCAAAGUAGGAUCCCAACAUUUGGCAAUCUGCCAAAAAGGAUGCGAAGCCAUUGCUGACACAGGUACCUCCCUCAUCGCUGGACCAGUCAAAGAAGUCGAAGCCAUCAACAGUGCUAUUGGUGCUACUCCCAUUGCAGCUGGAGAAGCCAUGGUAGACUGUAGUUCCAUUCCUAACUUGCCUACGAUUAAUUUUGUAUUGGGUGGCCGAUCUUUCCCUCUAACUGGAGAGGACUAUGUCUUGAAGGUUACACAAUUCGGCAAGACUGUCUGCCUCAGCGGAUUCAUGGGAAUGGACAUUCCUGAGCCAAACGGUCCACUAUGGAUCUUGGGAGACGUUUUCAUCGGUCGUUAUUAUACCGAAUUCGAUAUGGGAAAUAACCGUGUCGGUUUUGCUAAGGCAAAAUAGGUUUAUCUAAUGUGAUAUGUUAAGAUAAGCUUUUAAAGUAUAUACUUUUUCUUAUAUAUCUAUUUUAGCGUCAUAUUAUGUUUAUACGUCCUCUGUAAUAUUUCCAAUAAUUUCUUUGCUUAUCGUCUGUAUAAUAUGAAUAAUAGCCUUACGAGAUAAAAAUAAAUGUAAUAAAUGCGCCGUCAUGAAUAUAAAUAAUAUGCAAAACCUGCCUUAUAACAAAAUGUAUAAUAUAUUACAGAGACGAAAAUAAUACAUCUUUUUCAUGUUA